UGUGGGAGGUUAGUACGUUACAUGUAUAAAAUGUUUUGCUAGUGUCAUGCGCUUUAUCGUAAACGAUUUCGCCGCGGUCGAGGGCCACGUGAUUUUGACAGAACUGUGAAACACCGGUUGAUAUGACGGUGUACUGUGAGUGUAUUGAUAACAAUUAGCCAAUGUUUUGAAUGAUGUUCAAGUGAUUUGAGGAUAUUUGAAGUGUAUACGAUUGUUUCAAUGAUGGAGAGCGCUCGGCGUGACAUCAGCAAUUACACCAAACGCGUCUACAAUGGGAAGUUUAACGUCAAAGAACUGCAACUUCAAAGACUUUCUCCCAUCUCGAGACAUCAUAUCAUAAGGUGGUUGUGGCUGACUCUUCUCUUUCACGUGACGAUUUGCUCAGCAAAUGAUGGCAGUUUUGGAUCGAAAUACCCGAACGAUAUCCCCGAAUACGACUUGCUGCACGCUAUCGGAGUUCCAUUUAGCAAUCCGAAGACCCAGUACUUCGAUGAGGGCCUCGAUGGUUUUCCGGCUUACGGGCUAAAGCCGGGAUCUGAUAUUAAAUCUCCGUAUCGUCUCUUUAUGCCGGAGAAACUUUACGCUGAAUUCUCAAUAACAGCGACAGUACGGCCGGCGAAUAAAGAUGGCGGGUUCCUCUUUUCAGUGGUCAACCCUUUGGAAACAGUGGUUCAAUUAGGUGUCCAGCUAAUCCCCAGCGGGCCUGGCUUGACCAAUAUCUCUCUGUUGUACACGGAUGCGAAUAUUUACGCUCUGUCGCAGACCAUUGCAUCGUUCGUGGUGCCAUCGUUUGCGAAGAAGUGGACGCGCUUCGCUAUAAGAGUGACUAACGAUAACAUCACACUGUUUCUAAAUUGCGUAGAAUUUGAUAGUAUGUCAGUUAAAAGGAACCCGCCAGAACUGGUAUUUGAUUCUGCGUCGACGCUUUAUGUUGGACAAGCUGGUCCGAUCAUACGAGGCGCAUUUCAUGGUGCUUUUCAAGAGCUGAAGCUAUUUGGUUCACCAUCGCAAGCUGAAAUACAAUGCGUGAAUACGUUUGAGGAAAUAGGUAAUGGCAGUGGAGGAGACGAGAUUUAUAUAGACAAUUAUUUGGUGGACCAAGAAGAGGGGGACGUGGAGGGGUCAGGGCGGUACGGGACCAUGCCGCCAUUUCCGCCGCCGCCCCCAGGUCUAAAUGGCUACCCACCGAUAUUAAGAGGCGAAAAAGGAGAGAGGGGACCAAGGGGUCCUCCAGGGGAAUCUAUUCGUGGCCCUCCAGGACCCCCAGGCCCACCAGGGGCUCCAGGGACUCCAGGCGCUACAACUAUUGCUGAAUCAUCGGGUUCUGGAGACGACGUUACAAGCGUGAAGCAAAUCUUCGGCGAGAACUACGUAUCGCUCGGACAAUGUGGUUGUAAUUCAAGCACUAUACUGGCUCUGUUGGAAUCAGCUCCCGAACUACAGGGGCCACCAGGGCCCCCGGGUUUGAUUGGAGCUGAUGGACGAACGGGCCCUCCAGGGAUACCUGGACAAAUGGGCCCUGCCGGCGAACGUGGACCUAUGGGUCCGAGAGGUGAAAAGGGCGAUCGUGGCGAUGAUGGUAUUCGCGGUCCGGAAGGCCAGCCUGGUCAGAAGGGAGAGCCAGGUGUCGAUGGAAGGCCUGGAAGUCCGGGGCCACCAGGCCCUCCUGGCAACCCCGGUUCCUCUGAUUACAAUAACUUUGAAUCCAAUUGGAAGCCUAGACAGAUUUACAAGGAAUCAUUAUUGGGUUCAUACGGAGGAGCAAUUGGCAGGCCCGGUGCUCCGGGUCCAAAGGGGGACGCGGGACAACCUGGCCCCAUAGGCCUUCAAGGUGAACGAGGUUUUCCAGGGCCCAAAGGUGAAAGAGGACUUGUAGGACAAACUGGGCCGAAAGGUGACCGUGGCUAUUCUGGUCCAAAAGGGGAUAGAGGAGUUAAGGGUGAUCGUGGCGACCCUGGACAUGACGGACGUCCUGGUUUACCGGGAGCUAAUGGCCGACUGGGUGAAAAGGGUGAAAAAGGAGAACGAGGUACUCCCGGCCCCCCAGGACCACCAGCUUUGCCUUUGGGUUUCACAACAGAAGAUUCUGAAUUCUUAACGACAGGACGACUCUCGCCUACCUCUAAGGGGGAGAAGGGAGAAAAGGGUGAAAAAGGAAGCGGUGGUAAUGAUGGAAUACCAGGUAGGCCCGGUAAAGACGGGAUCCCCGGAGAGCGCGGUGACAUUGGGCCUUCUGGGAUGCCAGGCACAUCGGGACCCGCAGGGCCUCCAGGCUUGAAGGGCGAGAGGGGAGAACGGGGACCUCCAGGCCCUGUCACUAUCGCUUCAGCUGGUUCUGAUAUCAUUACCGUUAAGGGUGAUAAAGGCGAUUUAGGGCCAAGAGGCAGAAGAGGGCGGCCAGGACCCCCGGGACCUCGUGGCCUUCAAGGUCUGCAAGGGAUCCCUGGACCACCGGGGAAACCUGGUGAAAAGGGUGAUAUAGGUCUCCCAGGCUGGAUGAACAAUAAGGGUCGUCCAGGUACUCUAGGGCCCCCAGGAAAUCCGGGCGCUAUAGGUCCGAAAGGAGAAAAGGGUUACCCUGGUGUCAGUCUUUUGGAUAUUUCCAUGUUAAAAGGUGAAAAGGGUGAUCGCGGUAAUGAUGGAUUGCCCGGGCCAAAAGGAGCAGAGGGACCACCAGGGCCCCCGGGUACAGCCUUCAAAUCCGACGUAGUGCAAUACAUCCCGGGACCUCCCGGGCCUCCAGGCCAGCCGGGGCUUCCGGGACCCCCUGGCAUAUCCAUAGUUGGACCUAAGGGAGAACCAGGUCUUAGCUACUUUGAAGAAAACCCCGUUCAUGGCAGCACGAAGUAUUUUGGCAGACCUGGACCUCCUUUGGAUACAAGAAGCCACGCUGAUGAAUCCAGCAAAACUGCUCCUGGGGCUGCUGUGUUCCGUACAACAGAAGAAAUGAUGCGGCUUGCUGCAUCAAGCCCUGUGGGAGCAUUAGCUUAUGUUAUGGAGGAACAAGCUCUCUUUGUCAAAGUGAAUUCAGGCUGGCAAUACGUUUUGUUAGGAUCGCUAGUGACGCAGGCUCCUCUCACGACAACCCAAGCCCCAAUGCCAACGCCCAUGCCGGCUGCCAGCUUAGUGCAUGUACCACAUUUAUCAAACUUCGUGGAUAAUUCCCCGCCAAUAGCUACUAAUGGGCCAACGCUAAAAUUAGCAGCUCUGAACGAACCUCUGUCAGGUGAUAUGCAUGGUGUGCGACGAGCUGACUACGCGUGUUAUCGACAGGCGAGACGCGCUGGUCUGAAAGGAACCUUUAGAGCUUUCCUGACUAGCAGGAUACAAAAUUUAGAUUCCAUAGUACGAUAUGCGGACCGACACUUGCCCGUCGUGAACACAUAUGGAGAGGUUUUGUUCAAGUCAUUCUCUGAAAUAUUUGAUGGCAACGGCGGCAUUUUAGCGGGAACGCCGAGAAUCUUCAGUUUUAGUGGGAAGAACAUCAUGAUGGACGCUAAUUGGCCUCACAAACUAGUCUGGCACGGGUCGCACGCGAGCGGCGAGCGCGCUCUGGACACGUUCUGCGACGAGUGGCAGAGCGGCGAGCCGGCGAUGCGCGGCAUGGCCGCCUCGCUGUACUCUCAUAAGCUGCUGUCACAAGAGAGAUAUGCCUGCAACAAUCGCUUUGCAGUGCUGUGUAUACAAGCCACAGCUCAUGGUAAUGAUAGACGAAAACGGGAUGCAUUGAGGUACAAUUCGACUCUAGACGACGAAGAUUACCUUUACAAUGCGGACGAGUACCAAGAACUACUGAAUGAUAUAUUUGCUCAACCGUUUGCAGAGAACUAGGUAAAUGUAUAGAUGAAAUUGAUGUGUUAUUUAUUAUUGGAGUUAUGAAUUGGUUGACGUUUAUUAAGAUUGCCGCUUAUUGAAAAAUGUUUUAUUUAUGAAAAUAAAUAUUGAUUUACAACUAUGUGAAAGUUGAACAUGUGUAAUAUUAUAUAUUUUGAUGAUUCCCUUAAAAUAACAAAGUAAUUCUUAACUUAUCAAAAUAAAUACUCACUACUCUCAAAUUAGUAUUUACCGUUUAAAGGAAGAUGAAGUGCUUUAUUAUUCAAUUUAAUUACUUAUUUUUUAUAUUUCGUUUGAUUUGCAUCUAACUAAAAAGUAAUCGCUUAAUACUUUUCAAUGCUAGCAUUAUAUACAUAUUAAUUAUUCUAUUUAUAAUUAUUAUUUACAAAAUAUAUACCUGAGUAAAUUUGCGUUUCGUAAAGCCAUUUUCUAUCGAUUAAUUGAAAUUUAAUACCUAUAAAUUAAUUACAUUUCGAGAACAUCUUUACAAUUAAUGAACCAUUAUGAUAAAUAUAUUGUAAAAUAACGUUUUAUUCUGGUCUUAAGUAUGUAUGACGGACUUCGUUCUGACAAGAUUGAAUAAAAAUAUUAAUGGAUUCAAAUAAUUAUCAUGUUUUUUUUUUGUGAUAAUGUGUUAAUUCGUGGAUAUAAAUGAGACUGUAAAUAUAAAAUUUAAUUUCUUAAUAAUUAAGAUGAUUUAAGCUAUAAGUAAAUUAUUGUAACUAAACAACUGGCUAUUAUAAAAUUGUGAAAUUAUUUUUAUCUAUUGUAAAUCAUGUUAAUAUUUCUUUAAAGUUAUUCGGAGUUUAAAACAGAAAAAAAUACUGAUAUUUAAAAAAAUCUGAAUUUUAUUCAAGUACAUGUUAUAUUCCUAUAGAAUAUGUUUCAUUAAAUUAACAUAAAAUUAGUUCAAUACACUGUUUCUAAGGCUUAAUAACCGAGCACAUGAACAUUUAUAAGCACAAAACGUCUAUACAUUUCAUAGAAACAUUUCACUAUGAAAACUAGAUUAAAUCAGUUGAUGACUUACUAGCCUUUAGCUUUUAGAAAUAAACAGCUUACUGCAAUGUGCCAUGUACCGAUAUGAUAAAGUCUGAAAUUAUCUGCACAAGUAUGUGAAUUAUGUAUACUCUAAGUUCAUUAUAGUAUUACAAACAAAUGUUUACCAUUAGCCGUUAGACUUAAGCCCUAGUCGCAAUGCUGUUUUACUGUUUUUGUAUAAAUUUCCUUUAGUUUUUAAUCGUAUGUUUAGUUCACAAGGGGAAAGAUAAGGUUGAUAAUUGCAAGAGGUAGGCAUUAUGACAACGGCGCCUUACCUUCUCUAAGAGCGUCUAUUGCAUUGUAUUUUCGUUGCAUAAUAAUGUAAACCAAAAAAUAUUAACUGUUAGAAAGUAUUGUUUAUUUAAAGAUGAAGCGUAGCAGAGACAUGAUGAAAGAGUAAACUAUAACUAAAAAUCAUUAUUAUAAUUGAUGUAUCAGCUGCAUGUUUAAAAAUGCAUUUGGAAAAUGUAAUAAUAACAUUCACUUAUUCCAAUAAGGACACAUUUUGUUGAGGAACUAUGUUAGUACCUUAAAUAUGAAUUUAUUCUUAUCAUUGAUGCAAAUAUCCAAAAAUAGUUUUAGUAAUCAUUUCCAUUACAUAUGAUCAUUGUAAAUUCAUCACUCAAAUUCUAAAUAUUAAAUACGCCAAAGACAAUGAAAAUUAUAUAACCAAGGGAUUAUUUUACGAAAAUAGUAAAAUGGAUCAUAGUAUUAAGACAUGACAUACCAUUAAGCAUUUAUACGUACAUAAGAGUUAAGCUUUUUUCGACAUCGAAAUGAUAUGUAUUAUUCGACUGUAUUUAUACAAUUUCUGAAUAAAUGUUUA